AUGGCCUUCUUCCUCCGCCACCUAACAGACCCAACCUCCAUCGCACAAGAACCAUCCCUGAGCAAAGUCGUCCAACACGUCCGGGAAACAGCCGUGUGUCUCGCCGUCCUCGGCCAAGUGGACCACGGCACCGGUCUGCUGACGAUCCUCCACGCGCACGGCAUCCCGCCGUUUGACCUCCGGGAAUUCGGGCCCGAGGUGUUUUCGGAGGACUUUUCCCGGUGCCGGAGCCUCGGCAAGGGAUGCGACGACAACGGCGAUGGAUCCGGCACGUACGAGGUCCCCGUGAACCCUCCGCGCGCAGACCCAUUUACGCGCAUCGUCUUUGCGUUUGCGUGGGAACAUGUCGGGCGGUGGCCGCGGUGGGCUACGCCCGUCCCGAAGCCGUUUUCUUCUUCUUCUUCUUCUUCUUCUUCUUCUUCCUCGAACGAUGGACAGCAGUAUCAUUCAUCUUCAGACAACGGCUGUGAUACGGCGCUCGACGCCCUGGAGCGCUACGCUCGCACUCUAGUCUGCAACCGCUUCGCCCCGCCCUGGCGCGAAGACGAAGAAACCUACGAACUCGCCCGCGAGCUGGCGCUGGGGCAGGACAACAGGGCGAACCCGCACGGCCCGAUCCCGAUGCGCCUGGCCGGGUUCUGGGGUCUCUGGGAGCGCAUGCUGGCGCCGUGGCAGAUGAACCAGGUUGUCAAGGCUACGGGGCGGGUGUUGGCGCUUGAUCUCUCUGUGAGGUUGUUUCGUGAUGCGGUGGAUGGUGGGGAGGCGACCAAUGAUGGUGGUGGUAGCAGGGUGGAAGAGAAUGUGUAUCGACCUGAGGAAGAGGUCCACGUCGACGAGUUCCUUGCAGACGAGGCCGAAGAGGAUGAAGAAAGGGUUAAUGACAGCUGUGGAAGCAGCACCCAUGCAAGCGAAGAAGAAGAAAGCGUCAUCGAGCUAUGGGGAAGAACGAUAGCGACCCUCCAUUCCGCACAGGACCAGAUGUCUAUGCUAGGCAGUAUGCGCGAACUAUGGCGUUACGGCUGGUUCACGGAUCCCUCCAAGAACGCCCUCGUCAAGCACAUAGAGAUCGACCUCACCCAUGUCCGCGAAGUCGCAGACGCCGGGUGCGAGAUGCUCCGACAGCGACUGGAGCGCAGCCCGGUGCGACCGUAUGAGGGGUACACCAUUGCCGAGCUCGCGCGCGCAAUCGACGAAAACACUAGAUCAUGUGCGCCGUAUGCCCCCGACGAACUGCGCGGGCGGGAUGAUAUGCUCGUCGAGAGGACGGUUAUGGGGCCGAUGGAGCUUGAUAAGGACAAGAUCUUCCGUCCUGAGACGUUGUUUCGCUACCCAGUCCCCUCUCACCAGGAAAUCCAGGAUCUGGAGAGGAGGCUGGAGCUGAGUGCCCCGUUGCCGGAUCAGUACAAGGCAUUUUUCCGCGUCACAGACGGGAUGGGGCCGGUGUGGUGGAAUACAUCGCAGCACCUCCGCAUCCUAGCCCCGCUAUCCAAAGUCACCGCCCAAGACGACGAGCUUCCGGCCAGCAUGCAGCUGGAGCUGCUGCCGUCCCGGGGACUCGCUGACGGUAGCUGCAUCGCGUGGCCCCUCCUCCGGCGGGUAAUCUGCAUCAGCGAGAGCGGGCACGAAGGGGACCUCUGGCUCGUGGAGCCGAAAUACGUAUCCGAGGCCAAGGACGCCUUCUUCGAGGUCUACGACCACGCCUCGGCCCAGGAUCGACGGUUGCUUCGUAGGGAGGUGGAAGAAGUCUACGGCAGCAUUGACGGGUUUCGUGGGUUGGAGUGGGGUCUGUUGAUGUGGACGUCGUGGUUUACGGAGAUGGUUCCCUACCGGGACCUGGGCGCGUUAAUGGAUGAGUUGGCGAGGGGGAGUCGGCGGAAGGCGGAAGAGUGGACGCUGCAGUUUGAUCCGAGCACGAGGAAGCUGGAUGCGCGGUUGUAUAAGACGGCGAGCGCGUUGGAUACGGGCAAGGAGGUGGAGAAUGUGAAGGACGGAAAGGGGAAUCUGGUGCUUUCUGCGCCAGGGACGAUGUCGAUGGGGCCGUUGGUGUAUCCGGAGAAUGCAAUGACCACUCCCGUGGUCGAUCUCUGA